AUGCAGAUGACGCAAGUGCAAGCAGGGAUCGCUAAGGGUGCGCUCGCGGUGAACAACGAGAUAGAGGAGCAUAACACAUCCUCCCUCAAGAGUCCGAACCCCGCCUAUCAGCCUCUCUCCAGACAGGAGGUGGAGAGCCUCCGCGACGAUCUGCACGAGGACGCGAUGGGGCUUGGGGGGAUCGUGAGCGACGGGCGUCGAUGGAAGAUGCGGGAGUCCAUGCUCAACUUCCUUUACGUGCAGGGCAUCAGCGGCACAUGCCUGUACUGCAGUGCCGUUGACAUGGCCCUGUCGCCGAGCAAGCUCCUCAAGCAGGUGGAGCGGGAGUUCGACACCUCCGGCAUGGAACCCUCCGCGGUGCUCAACCUUGGCGACGUCGUGAGCAUCUUGGACUCGGUGAAGCAGAGGAUCCGGGCCUUCCAGCAGCGCUGCUGCGUGGUCGACCCGCUGACCGCUUCGCCGCUGGACGUCACCAGCCACCUGUCGGCCAUGUUCUGCGGCAUGCGGUCGGACGUCGUG